UUGUUCUUGAUCUUCCUCCUUUCUGCGAUCCUUCCUUUCACUAUUGGCGGUACUCAUGGCCAUAACAAACGCGGGCACCAUCAAGAACUAGCUCAGCGGGCGCGAGGCGACGUCGGCAUCCACAAACGCGCUUUCGACAACGCACGUUUCACUUUUUAUGACGUUGGCUUGGGUGCUUGUGGGCAGUACAGCUCUCCUGGCGAUUUCAUUGUCGCCCUGAACGUCGCCCAAUAUGGCGGAGGUUUCCCUGGUCCGCAGUGCUUCAAGUCCAUCACCAUCUCUUAUGGGGGAAAAACCGCCCAGGCCACCAUUAUGGACGAAUGUAUGGGGUGCCCAUACGGCGGGCUUGAUUUCUCUGCGGGUCUUUUCAGUUACUUCGCUUCUGAAGCUGAAGGCGUCCUUUACGGAUCGUGGUGGUUCGAU